AUGGCCCAGUCACUCAACUCCAAGCGACUCGACGCAGUCUUUCAGUCUCGGCCAGACAUCAUCGCCAGGAUCAACCAGGCGGCAGACUCUCCCGGGCGGAUUGCCCUGUUCAACGACAUCGCCAACCACGUCUACGAACGACUGCAAGAGAAUGGCGAGCCGGCCCAGAAGAGGAGGAAGGUCGGCGCCGAGCAGGCAAAUGGCAGCCCAAGCAGUCAGGUAGCGCUGUCGAAUGCCGCAGACGAGGCCGUUCUCCUGGAAAUCAAGGAGAUUUCUGUGUCGGUUCCGCAGAGGAAAAAGCUGGAGAUUUGCUUCACCUCGAAUCACUUAUAUGCACGAGCCCCUGGGACAACAGCUCCCCUCCCAGGCGUCAGCUAUGCCUGGAGAGAUAUUGAAUAUGCCUUCUAUCUUCCCGUGCCAGACAAGGCGCAGGUCCAGUACAACUACCUUCUAUUCCCCAAGGGAACUUGUUUACCCCCCAAGACAGGCACUCCCCCGUCCGCUGAGCCAUUCGUCUUCACCGUUCCCGUUACUGCCCCAAAGCAAGGAACUAUUGGGGGAUCCGAAGCAGGGGCUGCGGCUGCAGUAUCAGAUACAUACAAGUCCUUGUUCCACUGGGCCCUGACCAAGCGAUUACAGGCGGCCGGUAGUGCUGUCAAGAUUGUCUCUGCCGAUCCAAACAAGUUCCGCAGCAUGGUUCGCCAACCUCAUCGACCCAACGAAGCGGCAGUCCAUGUCAGCGGCUUCAGGGGCUCCAAGGACGGCUACCUCUUCUUUCUCGAGAACGGCAUCCUGUGGGGAUUCAAGAAGCCGCUCAUCUUCAUCCCUACCAAUCGCAUUGCCGCAAUCAGCUACACCAGCAUUCUUCAAAUCACGUUCAACAUGGUGGUUGAAAUCUUCACCGAGGAGGAUGGCAAGACGGAAGAGCUGGAAUUUGGGAUGCUGGACCAGCAAAACUAUGGCGGCAUUGACGAUUACAUCAAGAUGAAUAACCUCCAAGACAGGAGCAUGGCUGAGCAGAGGAAGGCGAAGUUGCAGCUGGCCGAAAACAAGGGCCCCAAGAAGAAGGAAGGGGACGCAGAAAACGGCGACGCUGAGGCCGCCGAGGGGGGAGACGGCAUGACGGAGUUGGAACGCGCGCACGUCGAGGCUGAGCAGCAGUUGCAGGAUGACGAAGACGAGGACGAAGAAGACUACGAUCCUGGCAGUGAGGGUGAGAGCGAAGGAUCAGGCUCCUCUGACGAUGAUGAUGACGACGACGACGAUGAAGACGAUGAGGAAGACGACGGUGGAGAGGAAGAAGGCGGAGAGGAAGCAGAGGGCGAGCAGGAGGAAGAAGAAGAAGAAGAAGAGGUCAAAGAAGAGCCGCCGAAGCCUGCUGCCCCAGUGAAGCAAGCAAAGCCAGCACCUCGGGCCGCGAGGGCCACAAAACCUGCGGCGAAGCCAGCACCAAAGCCAGCACCAAAACCUGCGGCGAAACCGGCAGCGAAACCGGCAGCAAAGCCGGCAGCAAAGCCAGCCAAGACCGAGACACCCAACGUCCCUGUUCGAACCGGUUGGGCAGCUUUCACUUCCAGGCCAGCAGCCGACGUGGACAUGGCCGAGGGCGAUGACGAAAAGUUUGACGUGGUGGGAUGA